GCCAUCUUUAUUCCUGGAUUACAGUCUUGACGACCAAGUUCGAGUAAACCUCCAUACACUCCAAAUAUUCGAAUACCAUGGAUGAGGAUAUAAUCCUUGGCAUCUGCCUCCUCGUAGCCUUUCUCUCCGUCCUCACAUCUCCGCUGUGGAUCACAGCCUGCAUCGCCGCUGCCGCCACUCGAAAGUGGUCAAAGGAGAAGACACGUCGCGCUCACAAUGGCAUUGACAGUGUCGAGGCUGAUCGGCUGGUCGAACCUUCCGAGUCUGAAAAUGAGGAGGACUUCUUAGACUCGGAAGACGAGGACUAUUACCGAGCCAAGCGAGACCGCAAACGUGAAGAGCGUCAGGAACGAGAGGCCGACUUGCUCCUGGGCACCAGAGCCAAAUUUUUCAAAGAGUGGAAGAAAUGUUGGAAGACGGGUGACAAGACACAGCUCGCAAAGGAGCGCGAAUUGAAGGAGCAAGAUGAAAGACGGAAAAUUGCUAUGGAGGCAGUCAGGGAGUAUCUGCGCAUACAGAGAAGAAAGGCACGAAUGACCGGGACAAAAAGCGAAGCUGGCGUAGGGUUGCCGAGUUAUGGCAACGCUGUCGCAGAAGGGGCCGGUACGAAAGAGUAGGAUGCUGCUGGCAGACUUCUAAAAUGAAUUUCGUGAAUUUGUAUAAAAUCUUAGUGACAUCCCG